AUCAUGUGCUCUGUAUCCUGCAUAUUGCCAAUUUAAAUUUAAGAGAGAAGGCAAAAGAUCUCCUCCAUUGACCGACUGUUGGUUCUUGAGCAUAAUGGAAAAUUGUUAUUUCAAGUUGUUGUGCGUCAUGGUUUUAAUUCUUUCGCUGUGUGGUACGUAUAUUUUCUCUAUAUUGCUCAUGGUUUGUAAAAUUUUAAUCUUAUCUUAUAUUUUUAUAUUUUCUGGUAAAAAAAUCCAGAAUUUUAUUGUUUGUUCAUGAAUAUAAAAUUGUGCAUUGUAGGCGACAAGAGUAAUAAAAUUGGAGUGGAAGGUAUUAACAUAAGCAUACCCUGCAAAACUGAUGCUGAUUGCAUGGCUCCACCGGGAGCAUGUACUUGCAACGUCGCAAUCGGCCACUGCUUCUGCCUCCUAAACAAGAGCCGAAUCCAAAGAUCCUCAUCCAGAAUUCCAACGGUGUCAGAGAAGGCAAUUAAAUCAUAUGGAAAAAAAAAAAAAAGAGUUCAGAAUUAGCAUGAGCUGAUCUUAAAAUAAUUCAUGUGCCAAAUUUUCAUUAUCAGUCAAACAAUUAAUUACAAACUUCGCAGGUGUACUUCCAUUUAAACCAGAUUCAUACCUCUACUUACUUACUUCUAUCUCGAUUUUUAUCGUAAAAGUAGUUGUUGCGGGAAUAUUUUAGAAGUUACUAUAUUGUGGGUAUUAUGUUAAAGGGUUAAUACCCUAGUUUGGCACGAAGUAUAACGUUAGUGACAGUUAUGGCCCCAUUUUUGAAAUAAGACAUUUAUGGCCUACUUUUGAAAUCAUUGGACAAAUUUGGCAUGUGGGACGGGUUGACUGUCAGAAUUGACGGUCAACCAUUUUCUCCGUCGCUGACUCAGCAUCCGACGCUGUCGUGACUUGUCCACGUCAUUUAUUGUUAUUUCCUUUUUUAUGAACAUUUCUAAGUCAUUAAGUUUAAAAAAAAUAACAAAAAUAACAACUAAAAGUGAAAGGUAGACACGAGGUCCACCACACACUUACCCGUCCCUUUCAUUUGACCUACUUCCUCCUGCGAAACCCCACCCGUUUGUAUCCCCUUCCCCGAUCUUCUCCAGAAACGGAAUUCGACCCAAAUCAGAGUGCAUGGCACUCGAUUCUCCUCUUCGUCGGCCCGAAUCUUGACCUUCCGUCCUUAUCCCCUUACUUUCCCUUCAUCACCGCCUCCUCACGCAGCCCGAUCGAGUCACCGCCGAUCAGAAUCGAGUGCGCGGUCGGCCGGACCUUUCAUGGUCGCGCCGCGUUUCUUUUCUCGUCUUUGCCGGUCACGAGCAUCAUAUCUUCACGGCGGCGGGAUUCGUUUCUUCACCAUCGAUCAGCCUUUUCUCUCUCCUAUCUUCCACGUGCGAUAAACUGGUCCUUCGUGUAGUAUUUUUCUUGUGGGACCAGUCGAGCAAGGAGCCACUUCAGAUACGAAAUUUUUCAGCUGAAACAAGUAAUGUUCUGAAUGUCGUUUUCUACACUUUAUCUUAUUGGAAUCGAAUUUGGGAAAGUGCAGAAGUGAAUAAACAAUGUCCUUUAUUGUUUCUUUUCUGUUUAGGGAUUCUGAGAACUCGGUGAAGAAUACUAAAGUGCUUGUUUGUAUGUGAAUAAACAAUGUCCGUUUCUGUUCCUUUUCUGUUUAGGAAUUCUGAGAACUCGGUUAAGAAUUCUAAAGUGCUUGUUUGUAUGUGUUUGUGUUUCGUGAGUCACGUGGAGUCAAUAAACCAGGGUUUUCGAACACUAAAUGACCCAUUUUUUGCCCAAAUUUUCAGGAUGAAUAUCGAAUUGUUAUUUCAUCAUGGGGGAAUGAUGGAUACAGCUACUGAGGUACCAAUAUAUGUUGGAGGGGUUGUCGACCGAGUCCAUCUGCUUGUUGAUCAAAUGUCAUAUUUUGAGUAUUCGUCGGUGGAAAGGGUGUGGUAUUUGUCUCUGGGACAAAGUAUGGAACAUGGGUUGCACGAGAUACGCACUGAUGCCAACGUUAUUAAUGGUCUACUUGUGAAUGCCGAGCUAGGAGAGGUAUCUUUGUUUUUUGAAGCAACAAGUUGAUUCAUGAGAUGGGAGGCAACUAUGGGCAUAGCGAGGAGGUUGAAGAUGAGGAGGGUGACAACUCUGCCGUAGCCGAGUUCGUCUGGAUAGAUGAAGACGAAGCUCAAACGUCGGAUGAGGAAUAUCAUGAAAUACGGGCUCGUUAUCGUCUCAUGCUACAGAGGUCUAGGCUCGAGGAGACUGGAUCGGGGGAAGAAGUUGAUCAGUUGUUUGUAGACCCCAAUGAGGUGAACGAGCCCGUUCAACCUAGUGUGAAUGUCGAUGAAGAGGCCGCCGAUGGACAAGGAGAGGAGGUUCAACAAAGUGGUGAUAUGGGUGAUGAUGAAGCUCAAGGGUCUGAGGCAACAGUCUAUAGGGGUUCUGAAAACUCAGAUCAUGUUCGUGGCAACAUUGGCGAGGAAGAGGAAGUGUCCAUUAUCGACAAGUGUCGGUUUUAUGAUCCCAACUGUGAUCAUAAGACAUUGUUUGUCAAAAUGUAUGUUUGUGUUCAUGAACUUGUUUCCAGGUUAUGGUAUCUACAGGAAAACGAACUACAGCUUCAAUGGAUUACAAGCAAACAAAUUUUAACUUCAAUGCAUUACAAUCUAACAAAGUUGACCUUGACUACAUUACAAGCUAACGCGACAACUACUGCCAUCAAACUUGCUCAACUUGAAGCUAACUCGACAACUACUGCAUUACACACGUUUUACCCACGUAGGAGCCAACUGAUAGAGUAUAAAACACACAGCAAACUAAUACCGAUAUAACAAUGAUUCACCCUACUCUGAAGUGUACAAACAGUAUGCCCCAAAUUCUCCAAUUCAAGACAACUUCGAGCACUUGUAGCAGCAAUUUUUUCAAACUCUUCGGCCAUAUCAAACUUUUUAUCCUUCCUCUUCUCAACCUUCUCUUCAACAUCACUAAUACGACAUUCAAUUCCUUGAGUUAAAGUGACAAUCUCAGCUUCCAUCUCACAAAUUCUCGAUUUCAACAGAGCAUUCUCCUCCAUAAAAGAUACAAGCACACUUGAAUUUGCUGAUGUUCUCCGAUCACACCACUUAAAAUGACGACAACCUUCCUUAGCAUCCUACAUGAAGGAACUUGAUUAAAUUUAAAGAAGAAUACCAUUUCGGCAACAAAUUGAGACUUAUCGGAAAACAUACCUGCCAAUACGGGCAGGAAUAGAACAUUCUUCCUGGAUUGUCCUCUGUUCUAGACAUCUGCACAAUACAUGGAACAUUGUGCUUGCACCUCUCGAUGGGUGUGUUUGUAGAACUCGAACCGGCUGAACUUCCCCCUUCCCUCCUUUUAGCAGAUGACAUGGUUGCUUCCGAAGAGGCUUCGCCGCGAAGUAGUGGGUUGGCGACGGAGGGGCUUCGCAGGCGACGAGGGAAGCCGACAAAGUGAGCUGGCGGCGGCGACGAGGGUUGGAUUUGGCGAUGAAGAGGCUUCGCCGCGAUAGAUGGCAGGUGGCGAGGGAAGGAGACGAAGAGGAAGAGGAUUGGCGGCGGCAACACGGGCGACGAGGGCUGGAGACGCCAAUGGGUUUUCAGAGGAGCUCUGGUAUGGUAGGUUUCACAUGAAGAAAGAAGACAAUCGAAGGGAAAAGGGUAGGGCUGCUGUGGUCCUCGUGUCUCCCCUUCCAUUUAUGUUUUUUUUUAAGAAAAAUUAGUAAAUGGCGUGGACAAGCCACGUCAGAGUCGAGUGCUGAGUCAGCAACGGAGAAAAUUGUUGACCGUCAAAUCUGAAAGUCAACCCGUUCCACAGGCCAAAUUUGUUCGAUAAUUUCAAAAGUGGGCCAGAGAUGUCUUAUUUGAAAACUGGGGCCAUAACUGUCAUUAACGCUAUACUUCGUGCCAAACGAGGGUAUUAACCUAUGUUAAAUGCGGAUUAAUAGAGAUUUGAUUGUUUCAAUUAGUUGGGAUUUUGGGAAAUAAAUUAUGGGAAUUAAUCAGGGUAGUUAUAGAAAAAAUUUUAUGAGAGGAUCGAACUUGUGAUUUUUCAUUAAGCUUAAUCAUAAUAAACCUUGAGAUUUCCUUAUUCCUCUCUUCUUCUUCUUUCCUUUCUGCCGAGCCUUCCCUUCCCAAAGAACUCCUUUCCUCUUUCUAUUCCCAAACCCAGGGUCCAGAUCAGGUCAGUAACUGAUGGGUGAGUAACCCAUCAGUAACCCCUUCCAUGGUCCCCACGUGUCAGUCACUUUUUUAUUUAAAUUAAAUGUGAAAAGGGCAGUACAGUAAAAUUGCACUUUCUCCUAUUUAUUGCUGAGGCUGACUUUUGAGCGUACCAUAUCAGCGCCUCCUUCUCUCUCCUUGCAAAACAUUUAAUUUUCCUUCCCUUAAUCUUUAACGGACGAUUUCUCACUCGUUUUAAGUCGAAAUUUAAUUUUUUUUGCACAGUUAGAUCAGAUUAAUUGUGCUCUUUAAAAUGAUAUCCACUUUGAUAUUUUUUGGACACAAAAAAAAUUUGUCAGUUAUUACCAGUUAUACCAUAUGGUAUUUGACUGUACCAUAUGGUAUUGAUUGGUAUUAAAUAAGAGCAUACCAUAUGGUAUGGAAAUUUUUGCCACAUGAAUAUAUAUUUCGUUACUACCAUAUGGUAUAGUGUGGUAAUAUCAAUAUAUAUUUCGUUACCACCCAAUACCAUAUGGUAUAGUGUGGUAAUAUCAAUAUAUAUUUCGUUACCACCCAAUACCAUAUGGUAUAGAGUGGUAAUACCAAAAUAUAUUUCGUUACCACCCAAUACCAUAUGGUAUAGUGUGGUAAUAUCAAUAUAUAUUUCGUUACCACCCAAUACCAUAUGGUAUAAAGUGGUAAUACCAAAAUAUAUUUCGUUACCACCCAAUACCAUAUGGUAUAAUGUGGUAAUAUCAAUAUAUAUUUCGUUACCACCCAAUAUCAUAUGGUAUAGAGUGGUAAUACCAAAAUAUAUUUCGUUACCACCCAAUACCAUAUGGUAUAGUGUGGUAAUAUCAAUAUAUAUUUCGUUACCACCCAAUACCAUAUGGUAUAGAGUGGUAAUACCAUAUGGUAUAGAGUGGUAAUACCAAUAUAUUUUUCGUUACCACCCAAUACCAUAUGGUAUAGUGUGUUAAUAUCAAUAUAUAUUUCGUUACCACCCAAUACCAUAUGGUAUAGAGUGGUAAUACCAUAUGAUAUAGAAUGGUAAUACCAAUAUAUAUUUCGUUACCACAUAAUACCUUAUGGUAUAGUGUGGUAAUAUCAAUAUAUAUUACCUAAAAGAAAGGGGGAAAACAAAAAGAGAGAGAAAAAAACUUGUCUUCUGUCUCAUCUCAUUUCAUCCGCAACCAAAGAACACCAAACGCCAAAAAAGGAGAAAAAUCGAAAUUAAAGCUAACGAGUUGAUGAAGAGAAGAAACGCAAUUAAAGAGGGUCACUUCAAUUUUUAUUUGUCGAUUGCUAGAGAAAAAAAUGAAGAUGGAAUAGAGAAAGAGAAAGGAUCUGGAAAAAUAUUGGAAAAAGGAAGAGAGAAUGAAUAAAGUAGAGUUGCAGAGAAAUGGAGAUUGUGAGAGAAAAAGUAAGAGAGAAGGAAAAGUGAAAGAGAAAGGAUAUGGAAAAAGGAAGAGAGAAGGAAUAAAGUAGAGUUGCAGAGAAAGGGUUAUUCUUUUUCUUUCAUUGAAAAGUCAGCCAUUGAAAUGCGGAAUAAAUAAAAAAAAAUACAAAAGCAGACAAAAAUGCCCUUCCCCACCCCUGCGUCCAGCCAACCACACGAUUCCUCCAUCCCCUAGAUCUACGGCUCUCAAGUGUUUACUGAUAGGUCAGUAACCAGUGGUUACUGACCCUAUCCCAAACCCCAAACCCACGUCCCAAUUCUCUCCUUUCCUUAACCUCAUAAUCCUCUUCCCUUAAUAUUAAUCCCUCACGUACACCACCAAAGAUCCAUACCUACAACAGUAGUGUCUUCCGAUAUUUCUGAAAAGAUUGUAGUCUAAGCAAAAGUCAAUAGAGGUAAAUAAUAUCAAGAUCGAGGAUUUGAAUUGAAUAUGAGUUGGGAGUGACUCGUGCAAGAUUAUACAAUUUUUAUCAUAAAAGUAGUAAUGUCUCCAAUAUUUCUGAAGUGAUUGACAUAUAAGCGAAAGUCCUUAGAGGUAAAUAGUUUCAAGAUCGAUUUUUUAUGAAACCUGAUUUGCUUUUUUGUUGAUGCGAUGAGAGGGAUGUAGAUUUGGCUAAAAUCAUUGAAUUUCUUUGACUUUAAGAAGCAAGAAAAAUAGGGAUUUCUUUCCAAAAAUAGCACUGUUUAAAAAUAAAUUCAAAAAUAGCACCCAACCCUAAAAAAUUCCAAAAAUAGCACCAUUUUCGCAAAAACCACAUGGUGGGGGCACGGUUCUCAAUGAAAACCACACGAAUAUGGGGCGGUUUUCAUGACCGCCUGGGGUCGGACCGGUUUGGUCCAAAACCGUUGCGCCCUCCCUCUGCGGUUUGGUCAGAUUUUUUUUUCCGAUCAAUUCUAACAUAGGUGGAAACUUCAAACGAACGUAUCUUUCUGCUCGGGUAGGCGAUCGUAGCGAAUUUUUUUUUUAUUCCACAUAAUUUUUCAAGAUCUUGCAAGCCGCAAAUCACGGUAGUCCCGCCUUCGUAGCGAAAAAACGUCGUUUGCUACUCCGAACAGGAUUUUUCUGAUUUUGUCGAACUUUGGGCGGCCAUUGUUGCAUGGUGCAAGCGGCCUUUGAUAACUCGAAAUUUGAUACAAACCUUCCUUGACAUGUUAGGAGCUGAAAUAUGAUAAGAAAACACACUUAAAUUAUAAUGUAGUAAGAAUGAGCAAAGUACGAGCCAAUGGUGAGGAAAUGUCGAAAUGGUACUAAGUUCUAGAAUGUCACCAAUUAGUUACAAUUAACACUAUAACAAUCCAAAAUAGCAGAGUAUAAUAAUUACAUAAUUUAAACGCCAUGAAAAUUGGACCUUGAGGAUGCAUAUAUUAUGUGUUAUCACAAACAUGGAACCAAAUGUACAGCCUUACUUGAUAGUCUAAGGUUGUGUAGUGUGUAGACAAGGUAACAUUAUUGGCAGGAGAUAGGGUCAGUAACCACUUGGUUACUGACAGGUCAGUAAUAAAUAGUGAUCGUAGAUCUAGGAGGCAGGCAAUCGUGUGGUUGGGCCGGAUGCUAAGUGGAGAAGGGUAUUUUUGUCCGUUUAUAUAUUAAAUUCUUUAUUUUAUUUCGUAUUAAAUGGCUGCAUUUUCAAAGAAGGAAAGAGAAACCAUUAUUUCUCUGCAACUCUCAUUUAUCUUUCUCUCUUCCUUCUCUCUUCCUUUUUCUCUCCCAAUCUCUUUUCCAGAUCCUCUCUCUUACUUUUUUUUCUCUCAAACUCCUUUUGAGAUCUAAAUCUGCUCCCUUCUCUUCUUCUUUAUAUUUUUGCUCCAGGACGAAUAAAAAUUGCAACCACUCUCUUUCAUUGCAUUUCUUCUCUUCAUCAUCUCGUUGGCCUCAAUUUCGAUCUUUCUCAUUUUUCGGCAUUUUGGUGUUCUUGAUUGCGAAAGAGGAAAUGAGAGACUACAGAAGACGCUUUUUUUUCCUCUACCUCCUUCUGUUUUUUUCUUUUAGAUAAUAUAUAUUGAUAUUAUAACUCUAUACUAUAUGGUAUUCGGUGGUAAUGAAAUAUAUAUUGAUAUUACCACAUUAUACCAUAAGGUAAUGUAUGGUAUUGUGUGGUAACGAAUUAUAUACUGAAAUUACCACACUAUACCAUAUGGUAUUGUAUUGGUAUUGUGUGAUAUUACCACACUAUACCAUAUGGUAUUAUGUGGUAACGAAGUAUAUAUUGAUAUUAUCACACUAUACCACAUGGUAUUGGGUGGUAACGAAAUAUAUAUUGAUAUUACCACACUAUACCGUAUGGUAUUGGGUGGUAACGAAAUAUAUAUUGAUAUUAUCACACUAUACCAUAUGGUAUUGGGUGGUAACGAAAUAUAUAUAUUGAUAUUACCGCACUAUACCAUAUGGUAUUGGGUGGUAACGGUAUGAUCUUAUUUAAUACCAGUCAAUACCAUAUGGUAUGACUGGUAAUAACUGGCAAAUUUUUUUAUGUCAAAAAAAUAUCAAAGUGGAUAUCAUUUUGAAGAGCACAAUUAAUCUGAUCUAACUGUGCAAAAAAAAAAUUAAAUUCCGACUUAAAAUGAGUGAGAAAUCAUCUGUUAAAGAUUAAGAGAAUGAAAAUUAAAGGUUUUUCGAGGAGAGAGGAGGCGCUGACGUGGUCUGGUCAAAAGUCAGGAUUGGCAAUAAAUAGGGGCAAGGACAAUUUUACUUUACUGUCCUUUCACAUUUAAUUUAAAUAAAAAAAGGGACUGACACGUGGAGACAAGGGAAGGGGUUACUGAUGGGUUACUGACCCAUCAGUUACUGACCUGAUCUGGUCCCAACAUUAUUAUAACCUUACUCAAAGGAAGCGUUUCGGUUUAUUUUUGUAAAAUCAUUUAUUACUGUGAGGAGUAAAAUCAUUUUUUAGGGGAAACAAUAUUUGUCUUAAUCCACUUUCCAAAAGUCCUAUAGACCAAUAUAGUAUUUUUUUUUCCCCCCCAACUAUCCUUGCUCUAUUCUCUCCCUAUAUAAAAGAGACGACAUUAUCCUGCAUUUUGCCAAUUGAACUUUAGGAGAGGGCAAAAGAUCUCCUCCAUCAAGCGACUGUUGGUUCUCGGGCAUAAUGGAAAAGGCUUAUUUCAAGUUGUUCUGCAUCAUGGUUUUAAUUAUUUCACUUUUUGGUGGCGAGAGUAAUAAUAUUGGAGUGGAAGGGAUUAACUUCAGCGUACCUUGCAAAACUGAUGCUGAUUGCAAGGCCCCACCGGGAGCAUGUGCUUGCAACGUCGAAAUCGGCCACUGCUUCUGCCCACCACCCAAACAAGAUCCUCAUCCAGAGAAUUCCAUGGGCGUCCAAGAAGGCAAUUAAAUCAUAUGGAAAAAAGAGUUGAGAAUUAUGCAAUGGCAGAUCUCAAAAUAAUUCAUGUGUAAAAUUCUCAUUAUGAGGCAAACAAUAAAAUAAAACUUUUGGAGUAGCACUUUCCUUUAAACCAGAUUCAUUCCUCUACUUACAUGCUUCUAUCUCAAUUUUUAUUAGUGUCUCUCGACAUUUCUGAAGUGAUUGACGUAUAAGAAAAUUUGUUAAUGAUA